AUGUUUGUGUACCCCUGGGAACCUUGUCAUGACAAUGAAAUGCAAAUGAAAGCUUCUUUUGAGGAUAACUAUCUUGACCAUAUGAGUAAUUUAAAAAUUGAAUCAAGUCCAUCACCAAAUAGCUUGUGGCAUCCAACAUAA